AUGCUGGACAAGCUUUCCACCGAGCUCAUUCACCGCAUUGCAUACCAUCCUACCUCGCCGCUACCUCUGCCUGACGUCCUCGCUCUCGCCUCGUCGUGCAAGCGGCUCAACGCGGCCAUCCGCUUUCCCUCCGAGUACGGCCGAAGGGAGGUCGUCCGUGUUCUGCUUGCAGAUCCGCGUGUUGACAUCGGUGCCGACAACAAUUACGCCAUCCGCAUGGCUGCGCGGAACAACCACACCGAGGUCAUGAGCCUCCUUCGUGAUGCAGCCGUUUCGACAACCUUUUCGUGUAGGCCCGCCUCCGAUUUGGGACAGACAACAUAG